AUGGAAGAAACUGAAAUUGGAGAAAAAUCUAAAGGAGAUAUUUUUCAAGUCAAUGUCUCUGAAGUUUCUGAUAUUAUUGUUCAUUGUAAUGUUGUAAUUGUUUUUUUGAAAAAUAUUGGUAAUUUUGAUAGAAUUUAA